UACUAUGAGCACGAACAUGAGCACAAAAACGAGCAGGAGCACCACCACGAGCACGAGCACGAAGAGUCUGGACACAGAGACCAGCCGCGGUCCAGUGGCAGGGCUUCUCAGGGGACCCGCCGAGAACAAGGAAGGGACAGCGCCAGGAUUCAGGGCUCUCACCAAGGACACAGUUCCUCUGGACGCCAGGCUGGGUCAUCCCAAGGAAGGGUCCAAAGCAGUGCUAGAGAGGGACAGGGGUCCCACAGGGAGUCCGUGAGGGACAGCUCUGAGCACCGUCAGUCCAGAAGGGGCCAGGAAGACCACCACGUCGGCUCUGGACGUUCUGGAUCGAGACAAGGCCAGGUGGGCUCCCACUCUACCGCAGACUCCUCCCAUGGUCAGACAGGCCACAGAGGCACAGCAAGCAGGCAGACAUCGGGCAGCAAACAAUCCCGAGACAGCACCGGGCAGUCAGGCUCCCAUCAGAGAAGCGAGUCCUCCCACCAACAUGCUGACUCUUCGAGGGGCAGCUCAAGAACAAGUCCCAGAGGAAGACAGGAGUCCCCAGCCGGCCAUAGACAAGCCACAUCCAGCAGAGGCAGACACCAGGAAGACAGCCCCAGUCAGGCCAGUGACAGCGAGAGGCACUCAGAUAUUGAAGUCGGACACAGGCAGGGGUCGUCUGCCCACGGGAGGAACGCCAGAUCCAGCUCAGGAGCCCAGCGGGCAUCCAGCGGCCAGGGCCAGGAAGGUGACAGCGCCAGGCGUGCAGGAGCCCGUCAGGGCCAGGCAUCUGGCCAGGGGCGAGGACAGUCUGAGUCAGGACGCCGCCACACAAGGGAAGCACAUGGGAACGUUGGUCAUGGACAGUCGGCUGACGGCUCCGGUCACUCCGGAGCUGGCCGCACAAAAGGCCACGCUACAUCCACAGACCGGAGGCACCAUGAGUCCAGCGACAGUCAGGCAAGCGACAGCGAAGGCCACUCCGAUGUCUCAGAGGGCCAGGCAGUGGGAGCCCACGGUCACUCCAGGGUCAGCAAGAGACACCAGGAACAGACGUCCCCUCGAGGCCAGCACGGCUCUGGAGCCUACCACAUGAACUACUACGGGAACGAGCACGAGCACGAGCAAAAAAAUGAGCACGAGCACCACCACGAGCAUGAGCACGAGCACGAGCACGACGCGUCUGGACACAGAGACAAGAAGCAGUCCAGUGGUAGGGCUGCUGAGGGCACCCACCGAGAACAAGGAAGGGAUAGCGCCAGCCGCCCAGGGUCCGGUCGGGGCCAGGCAUCUGGCCAGGGACGAGGACAGUCCGAAUCAGGCUCGCGCACCAGGGAAGCACAUGGCAAAGUUGGUCAUAGAGAGUCGGCUGACCACUCCGGGCACUCCGGAGCUGGCCGCACACAAAGCCACGCCACAUCCACUGACCGGAGGCACCAUGAGUCCAACGACAGUCAGGCAAGCGACAGCGAAGGCCACUCCGAUGUCUCAGAGGGCCAGGCAGGGGGAGCCCACGGUCACUCCAGGGUCAGCGAGAGGCACGAGCAACAGUCAUCCCCUCGAGGCCAGCACGGCUCUGGAGCCUAUCACAUGAACUACUAUGAGCACGAACAUGAGCACAAAAACGAGCAGGAGCACCACCACGAGCACGAGCACGAAGAGUCUGGACACAGAGACCAGCCGCGGUCCAGUGGCAGGGCUUCUCAGGGGACCCGCCGAGAACAAGGAAGGGACAGCGCCAGGAUUCAGGGCUCUCACCAAGGACACAGUUCCUCUGGACGCCAGGCUGGGUCCUCCCAAGGAAGGGUCCAAAGCAGUGCUAGAGAGGGACAGGGGUCCCACAGGGAGUCCGUGAGGGACAGCUCUGAGCACCGCCAGUCCAGAAGGGGCCAGGAAGACCACCACGUCGGCUCUGGACGCUCUGGAUCGAGACAAGGCCAGGUGGGCUCCCACUCCGACACAGACUCCUCCCAUGGUCAGACAGGCCACAGAGGCACAGCAAGCAGGCAGACAUCGGGCAGCAAACAAUCCCGAGACAGCACCGGGCAGUCAGGCUCCCAUCAGAGAAGCGAGUCCUCCCAUCAACAUGCUGACUCUUCGAGGGGAAGCUCAAGAACCAGUCCCAGAGGAAGACAGGAGUCCCCAGCUGGUCACAGACAAGGCACAUCCAGGAGGGGCAGACACCAGGAAGACAGCGCCAGUCAGGCCAGUGACAGCGAGAAGCACUCAGAAGCCGAAGUCGGGCACAGGCAGGGGUCGUCUGCCCAUGGGAAGAACAAUGUGUCCAGUUCGGGAAUCCAGCGGGCAUCCAUAGAAGACCAUGUAGGAGAGAAUUCAAGUGAUGCUUCCAAACAACUGGGGUUCAGUGUGUCACAGAGAUAUUAUUACUAUUAAUGAACUGCACGCGAAUUGGAAACAGCAACGCUAAACCUAAAGUCAAAUCACAUCAACCUUUAAUGUAGGCCUUUUCUUUUAUGUUUGGUGGUGGUGAUUUCCUUUUUUCCCCUAUUUUUGCUGAUUUGUUUGUCUUGGUUUGGGGUUUUUGAUGUUAAAUUCUAGUUAUUUCUUCAUCUUGGUGUGAGUUCCUUUCUCUUUUUGAAUAUUUUUGAAAUAUACUUCAGGAUUUAUUACCUAGAAAUUUUCUCGAGACAGAGAAUUUUUGGUUGGCGUGGGAACUUUGAUUUAAGAUUAAUUAUUCACCUUGAAAUGUGUUAGUUUUAACCUCUGAAUACUGGUUAUCAUUUUUGCUAAAAAAUUUUUAAAAAGCCCAAAAUCCAAGACCAGUAUUUGUAGCCCCUAAUUCUCUGCCUGCAAUCAGAGUUGGAUUUGGAUUCUACAAGAUGUGACCUUUCAUAAGCAAUCAUUUAAAUCAAAUUGGACACAUUCAAUUCAACACAGUAAACUGUAUGAUAAUUGAAAAUAAACA